AUGAAAGUUUUAAUUGUUUUUGCUCAUCCAGAUGAACGUUCUUUAAACGGUUCCUUGUUGAAGGUUUCUGUCAAACAACUAGAAGAUGAUGGACAUGAAGUCAAGGUCAGUGACUUGUAUAGAAUGAAAUGGAAGGCUGUUAUUGACGAGGAUGAUUUCUUGAAUCACAAUAAGGGAGAAAGGUUACAAGUUGCAGCUGCCUCUGGUGGUGCAUUUUUCAACAACAAAUUAACUGAAGAUGUUGUUCAAGAACAUGAAAAAUUGCAAUGGGCUGAUACUGUUAUUUUCCAAUUCCCAAUGUGGUGGUUCCAAAUGCCAGCAAUUUUAAAGGGUUGGGUUGAUAGAGUUUAUUCUUUGGGUUAUGCUUGCGGGGUUGGUGAACACAAUGAAACCAAAUGGGGUGACCGUUACGGUGAUGGUUUUUUCAAAGGUAAGCGUGGUAUGCUAAUGGUAACUAUUGGUGGUCCAGUAAGUAAUUACAGUGAAAGAGGUAUUUGCGGUCCUAUCGAUGAUGUUCUAUUCCCAAUCAACCAUGGUAUCUUAUACUAUCCUGGUUUCAGUGUUUUACCUUCAUUUAAAGUUUUUAAAUCUAAUACUAUGACUUCAGAGGUAUAUGACGAUUGGGCCGCUAAAUUAGAAGAACAUUUGCACAACAUUGAAAACAUGGUGCCAAUUCCUUACAGAAGUCAAAAUGAUGGUGACUAUUCUAUUCCAUCUUUGGAGAUGAAACCAGGAUUUGGAAAGCCGGGUGCUCAAGGUUUCUCUUUACAUAUCGAUAGCUAA